AAAUCAGGGAUUAUGAAAGUUGCUGGGUUGGGACUAAAGUAAGCUACCACCUGUGUUACAACACGCGUUUACAGUCAGGUUUCCCAGAGUUAUGUGAGUUUUCUUUUACAACAGUGGACUUUGAAGUUUUGUAAUGAAGUUAAGUAAGUCGUAGUAUUGUCGGCGACGCCGUGGGUCUCGGUUGACAGGCUAGCUAACGGCUAACGGCUGCUACUCCUGAGAUUUGUCUGACACAUGGUACAUGAAGGGUCACAGCUGCACUCGGCUUAUUUCCCUCUUCAGUGUCUGGCAGUGCCGAGCAGGGCAUUAACAUGACUGCAACCCAGGCGUGACAGGUGACAGUGGAGGGAGGAUAAACACGAUGGACGCACCAGACACCAACUUUUCACGUAAGGAGGAAAACCCAUGGGAAGACCUGGACCCCCCUGCUCUCUCAGGCAGCAUGUCCAUAGACAAGCUCCUACCGGCUCUCCUGGAGUGCUUUGGGAUCAUACUAUGUGGAUACAUCGCAGGGAGGGCAAACAUCAUCACGUCCACCCAGGCCAAAGGCUUGGGCAAUUUUGUGUCCAAGUUUGCCCUCCCAGCGCUGCUGUUCAAGAACAUGGUGCAGCUGGACUUUGGUAAUGUCAUCUGGCCUUUCCUGUGGAGCAUCCUCAUCGCCAAAGUGUCUGUGUUUUUCAUUGUCUGCGUCCUCACGCUGAUAGUUGCCAGCCCCGAGAGCCGCUACAGCAAAGCUGGGCUCUUCUCAAUAUUUGCCACCCAAAGCAAUGACUUUGCCCUGGGAUAUCCCAUUGUUGAGGCCCUGUACAAGAGCACAUACCCAGAGUACCUCCAGUACAUCUACCUGGUUGCACCUGUGUCCCUGAUGUUUCUAAAUCCCAUUGGCUUCGCCUUCUGCGAGAUCCAGAAGUGGAAGAACCAAGGGAACCACCAGCAGAGCAAACUUGUCAUUGUGGGACUUGUAGUUUUACAGGUCCUGAAGAACCCUAUAGUGUUCAUGGUCGUCAUCGGCAUCAUCGCCCAUUUUGCCCUGCACCAGACAAUUCCUCCCUUCAUGGCUGAGUUUGUGGACGGCUUGGCCAACUCUUUUGGGGGAGCAGCUCUGUUCUACUUGGGUCUCUCCAUGGUGGGACAGUUGGGGAAAUUAACCAGAUCCACAGUGGUGACACUGAUAUUACUCAUUACAGCAAAACUGUUGUUGAUGCCCCUGAUUUGUAAGGACAUGGUGGAUCUGCUGGACAAUAGCAACAGCACUGCCAUGAACCACUCAAGCCUCUCCAAUUAUGCCUUUCUUUAUGGAGUGUUUCCCACUGCGCCAAGUGUGGCCAUCUAUGCUGUCUAUUACAACACAGAGCUAGAAGUUGUAACCUCUGGAAUGGUGAUCAGCACUUUUCUCUCAGCUCCAAUAAUGUAUGUUUCUGCCUGGUUACUGACGAUACGUUGGAUGGAUCCUCAGCUUCUGAUGAAUUCACUGCAGAAUGUCACCUUUAACAUAAGCAUAGUGAGCUUGGUUGCACUGGUGUGGACGAUUACUGUCAUGUUUUUAAGUAAGAAAUUCAAGAGGCUACCUCACAUGUUUACAGUCAACCUUUUCUUGGCACAGAUUCUAACUUGUGUCGGGAUGAUCUUGUGGAACUUUGUGGUGAAAGAAGACAACUUUGUCGGGCAGGUCCUGACGUUCACAUUAGUGUGUACCUCACUCUACAGUACCUAUGUUUGGCCAGGUUUAAUAGCACUCUCUCUUGUGCUCCUGAGAGGAUUUGAGGAUGUGAAAGUUUCGCCAGGCCUGUUUGUCAUUGCAGGCUGGGGGGUUCCAGCCUCAAUAAGUGCUGUGUUGCUCAUUUCUGGGCAAAGAAUGUCUGACACAAUUGACUCUGCUUUCUUUUAUGGCACCCCACAGAUAAUCUGCACCACAGUUGUAGUUGCCCUCAGCAUACUGCUGGGAGGAAGCUCUCUAGUUUGUCUCAGCAGAGGAAGCUGGGCCCAGAACGACCAAAUCCAAGAGGGAAACUCCGCUGAGGAUCUUGUGACUGAGGUUGAACCUGAUAACCAGACUCUUUUUGAGCCAGUCACCACAUCAGGCGAUCCCAACAGAGCGUGCCUCAUAUGUGAGUGUGCGCCACCCCAGCCCAUGCCUGACAUGAUCAUCAGCACAAAUAUGAACGGCACACCAACCACACUCUCAGGUCAUUGUGAGAACAGCUGUGUAUCUACUGACUGCCUGCUCGUCCAAGUGGAGGAGCUGCAACAGGUCGCAGACAGACAAGUGGCCCGUCAUGUGCUCUUAUGUCUGCUCCUGACUGUCAGCUUGCUCGCUAAUCUGUCCAGCUGCUUGUGGGUGCUCUUCAACCCUGUUCCUGGUCGACUCUACUUGGAGCUGCAGUUCUUCUGUGCUGUGGCCAACUAUGGACAGGGUUUUCUCUCCUUUGCUCUGUUUGGGCUGGACAAGCAUUUAAUUAUAGUGCCAUUUAAGAAGAGGUUAUACAGUCUGUGGUAUGGGAGGAAGCAAGAGGAGCAGCCGCAGACCGAUUUACCUGAGGAAAUCAGGAUGACUUGCACUCAGUUCACCAAAUACCACAAGGACCAGUGUUUUCAUGACAUUGUCAAAAAAAGAAGGUGUGGGAAGAGGACUAUGGUGGAGUGUUUUCUUGGCUGUGAACUUGUAGAGUGGCUCCAGCAGGUGGGCUUGGCUCAGGACCAGGGUGAGGCGGUACUCUACGGGACGCGGUUACAGCAGGGCGGUGUGCUCCAGCACAUCAGUAAGGAGCACGAUUUCCAGGACAGUCGCCUUUACUACCGCUUCAUGACAUAAGUUACAAAGUAUAGAUUUAAUGGCAUUUCAGUUGAGAAAAAAUGACAAUGCAAAUACAUCUUGUGCUCGGGCAGCAGGAAGAACAAUGCUGACAUUUCAAACUGUAUUUGCACUGCCUUGCUCUGUGCACAUCCUGUACAGUACAGCGUUUCACAGUACAGUUUUGUGCAGUGCAACAUCCCGGUCGAGUGUUGGAACAGACCGUACUUGACUGUGAUGUUGGGUGUGUUCAGAUGAGCUUGAACCUUAAAAACCAAACAGGUCAGGGAGUAAUCCAUCAUGUGGAGUUGAUCUUAAAGGGAAUUUUUUUUUUUUCUGUGACAACCUGUCUUAUUUUUGCAGUUUUACUUUUAACAUUUCACUCAGCAGGAUAACUGCUAAGAUUUUGUGCUGCGGCAACAUUGCUACAGAAGCCAGUCAGGACAGGAACAUGAGCUGUCAGAUGAUCAUACAUAUUCAGUAAACGCCCAAUUUGCCAAAUUAUCAAAACCAUUUAUUUUGAGGUAAAACCUAAAGUGGGAGGACUUGAAAAGGCCAUUAUAAUCCCUAUAAUCAAUGUGUGGAUGUGUAGCUAGUACUUAAUUCUGUAGAUUAGAAUUUAAUCAACACUUACUUAAUCUUCAAAUUGUAACUGACAUCAACAGUAGGCAGUAAUAAUUCAAAGAUGUGCCUGUUUUCCUUUCAAGUUAAUAUUUAAGUUGUCUGUUUUCCUCGUGCUGUUUGACUCUGCUGUAGUGAUGUUGCUGCUUCCUUUAAUCUGCAAUAAAGCUAAUGAGUUCAUUAUGAACCAAAAAGGGACUGACAGCCCAAACUGCAAAAAUAAGAGCCAUGAUGCUUUCUAUUAAUAUGCCUUUUCAAGAAUAACACAACAGGUAGUGUAAAUCUCAAAAGGGUAAAAUAAGACUUUGCUGCUUUUUAAAGACUUUUUAAAGUAUUUUAUGCAAUCAGCACAUCAACCUGGACUUUCAGUUUUUAUUUUAUGUUGUGUCGCUGUGUGAGCAAUAAUGCACAAAGAGCUGUCCUCGUAAAACUUCUUAUAGGUGCAGUCAAAAAAUGCCUGCCUUCUGCUGAAUGUAUUAUUUUGCUUUACAGGGACACUUUCAUCACUCUUCUACCAAAGCCACUUGCCUAAAGAAAAAAAGGGACAAUGUGGUUAAAUCUGCAUCCAUUUUUUAGCGCCUUUUUGUUGCCAGUAAAGUUUGUGAAUAAGUUAGUUUCACCAGUUAGUGAACUGGUGAUGGGGCAUACAGCAUGCUGUGAUAACAUGCAGUUUAAUUGCACUGAAGUAGAAAGGUGAUUUAUAUGGUCUAUGUUUGUGGUAUCUCUGGUGGUUUGAAAAAGAAAAACAAGCAUUUGCCAUGUUUCAUUGAUAUAUUUUAUUACUUUUUAAAAGCAAACUGAAAAUUUAGUUUAAACAAACUAAAAAGCCAUCAUUACUAAUAAAUAACCAAAUGAAAGAGUGUCAGAACUCAGCCAGGGCUAAAUGAGCUGCUGUAAUUGUUUUUUUCCUCUCAGGUA